AUGCUGCUCUUAAACAAUGCCAUUUAUCGCUUUGGAACGCUAGUUAAAGGCAGCAUCAUUGAACUCAUAAGAAUGAUUCGGCUAGUUUAUUUAGCGUUUCUACUUCAUGCUUGGCUCAAUACCUGUUACGCCACAUACAUAAAUUACAUUGAAUCGGCGGAAUAUGUUCCUACUAACUUUUCCAACGUUUUACUAUACGAUGGCUCGUGUUCGGAUUGCAUAUGUCAAGCAUUUUUCUCAGAUAAUUCGUCCAAAUACGAAGUGAUUAAUUGCUAUACGAUUAACCGCACUUGUCUAUUGUUUCCUCAAUUUGUAUCAACCACAAAAAUUCGAAUUAAUACAAACUCGAAAGUAAUCUCUAGACAAACAUUGUUCAGUACAACAGCGAGCUGUAACAAUAUUUACAGUCAAUGUGGAGGCAGUGGAUGGAAUGGAACAACCAAUUGUUGUAGCGGUUUAGUCUGCACUUAUCAGAAUGCAUGGUAUUCGCAAUGUCUGUCAAUGGUGAUGACUACUUCUCAGUCGCCAAUAACGGCGACAUAUUAUGAUGAUGGUCGUCAGAAUACAACCACUAGUAUUUAUUGGGACUGUUGUAAGUUGAGUUGUGGUUGGCCAUACAAAGCCUCAGUGACAAAUCCGGCAAGAACGUGUGCACAAGAUGGUAUUACGACAAUCGAUCCUAAUACCCAAUCGUACUGCAAUGGCGGUAGUUCAUACCUGUGCAUUGAUCAACAACCCUGGAAUGUUAGCAGUACUCUUUCUUAUGGUUAUGCCGGUGGAUUCAUUGCUGGAUAUUCAGAAUGGGAUUGGUGCUGUGCAUGUUAUUCACUAUUGUUCACAUCAGGUGCCAUAGCUGGUAAAGAACUAAUUGUACAAGUAGUUAAUACUGCUUAUACAUCGGGUAAUAUGUUCGUUUUACAAGUACCGGGUGGUGGAUGGGGUGGCUCCUCAAAUGGAUGUGCCAAUCAAUUUUCCAGUAAUUACUCAUGGGGUAAUCAGUACGGAGGUUUUACUGAUCGAGCAAAUUGCAGUCAGUUGCCAAGUUUUUUACAAGCAGGCUGCUAUUGGCGAUUCGAUUGGUUUAUGAAUGCAUUCAAUCCAAUAGCACGAUUUAAAGCAGUCACAUGUCCUACGGCUUUAACAGCAAUAACUGGUUGUGUUCGUCAAUAG